GCUGUGCUGUGUUAUGCGUUCCGCUUCCUGCUGCUUGCUUGUUGUAUGCUUACUGGUUGAUGUGUGUUUCCCAUGUUUGUGUUAAUAAAAAAUCCACCCGGCAAAACAAGUACAUCCAAAACAUGCACAUGCUAUAAUCUAAUGAGUGUCAAAUUGUUAAAAAUAAGUUAAAAGUCAAUGAGUUGACAAAUCGAAUCGAGUACGCCGCCUCAAAAAGCUAAAAAGUUCAAGUUGUUUACACACCACGCCAAAUGUAGAUACCAUACAUACGUAUGUACAUAUCCAUACGAAUACAAGUGCAAACACAUGAUAUUUUAUAAAGCGCAUUUUUAAUAAUAACCAUUGCUUGUGAUUAUUUGUGUUCAAAUCAAAAGGUGCGUUUUAUGCAGAUGGUAGUCACAGCCUUCUAGAUGGCUGCAUUUUGAAAAAAUGGAAACAUUUGGCGGACUUUGGGUCAACGAGCAACAACAACAAAUACAAAAAAACGGCAGCUAGAAUACAACCGCGUGUGUGAAAGCCAUAGCAAUAGCAACAACGAGUAUUAGCGGCAACGACACUAAACAACAGACGUUUCAGUGAUUUGCCUCACCAAGACAUACAGUCUUAGACACAUCCAGAACUAUGGUGAUAAGCAAACCCGAAACAACGCCUAAUGGGGCGGGAGCUGGUGCAGCCGGAGCUACUGGUCUGGAUGCUGCUUCAAAUAGUAUGGCGCAUCGGUCGGGCAUACCACAGGAUCAAAUUGACAAUAUUAUGAGUGGCAUUGCUAACACGGGUGAUGUCAAAAUGAAUAAUCAUCGAAAGAAGCUUCGGCAAAGAUUUGAUAUUAUUAAGAAACUAGGUCAAGGCACUUAUGGCAAGGUACAACUUGGUAUUAACAAAGAGACGGGCCAAGAGGUAGCAAUCAAAACUAUAAAGAAAUGCAAAAUAGAGGCCGAGGCGGAUUUGGUGCGAAUAAGGCGAGAAGUGCAAAUUAUGAGCUCAGUACAACAUCCCAACAUUAUACACAUAUACGAAGUAUUCGAGAAUCGCGAGAAAAUGGUGUUAGUCAUGGAGUUUGCCGCUGGCGGUGAGCUCUACGACUACCUAUCUGAACGUAAAGUGCUUACUGAGGAGGAGGCGCGCCGCAUCUUUCGCCAGGUGGCAACCGCUGUCUACUACUGUCACAAGCACAAAAUUUGCCAUCGUGAUUUGAAGUUAGAAAACAUUUUACUUGAUGAACAAGGCAAUGCAAAGAUUGCCGACUUUGGAUUGUCAAAUGUAUUUGACGACCAACGUCUACUUGGCACCUUCUGUGGCUCACCGCUUUACGCUUCACCCGAAAUUGUAGAAGGAACUCCCUACCAAGGACCCGAAGUCGAUUGCUGGUCGCUUGGUGUGCUGCUAUAUACUCUAGUCUACGGUUCCAUGCCCUUUGACGGGUCCAACUUUAAGCGACUUGUGAAGCAAAUCAGUCAGGGUGACUACUAUGAGCCGCGCAAGCCGUCUCGCGCUUCCACACUUAUACGGGAGAUGUUGACUGUUUGUCCACGCAAAAGAGCCACUAUUGAGCAGAUAUGUUCGCAUUGGUGGGUCAAUGAGAACGAUAAUGUUUUCUGUCUAGAUUUGGCCGAAGAUUUGGCAAAUCAAACGCCAGUGCGCCUCGACGUGUUGCUGUCAUUGACGCCCACUGCAGUCACAGCUGAUCAGCUGAUUGUGCCAUCAGCAGACGGAGCAGCGGCGGCAGCUCCAGCCGCAAAUGCGGCAGCAAGCGAAAGAAUUCAGCGUUCGCAUUCUGUGGGUUCCAUUCGUGAUAUUGGGGCACCCAGCACAGAAGCAGAGCGUCGCAUUCUGGAUAUGGUUGCUGCUGGAGGGGAGGCUGCCCUGAUGCCAUCACCAACACGUACCAUAACGCCAGCCCAGAGUCCUGUACAAACGAAGCGAAAGCUGCAGCCCACCGUAUCGACUGAGAACGCGACUGGUACUACGGCCAAGAAGAAGGAAAAGCCGGCCAACAGCUCGUUUGUCAUUAGCGAAGGCAAAACACCACUGCUCGCUACAACAACGCCUUCCCAAGCAAUGGAGACCGAGAGCAACGCGGCGUCUGCCCCUGUGGUUCAACUAGAGAAUAAUCAACAAGAACAACUUAUUGCCGAACCUAUUGCUCCUGCAGCACCUGAUGUGCCCCGACAAGCAACACGGUCCAGACUGGACGCUGUCGUUGAAACGCCCGAGGAGAAGGACGCCACCAAGGUGAUCAAAAAGUUUGUAAACAAACACAAAACCGCCGAUCUGGUUAAUGCCAUCAAUGAGAGUGCUAACGGCAAGGUAACAGUUAACAACAAUGCAGCAUCGCAUCUACCGCAGGCAACACCGCCCUUUAUUCGUAAGUGCAGCCUGCAGGAUGAGGCCACACUCAACAAAUUUAACGCGGAACGCCGCAAGUCUCGCAUUCUUGAAACUGCUGAGAAAUUUCAGCCGCCACCAGCCACAACCCCAACAGCAACAGCUGCAGCGCCCGAAAAAUCGAAAAAACUCAGCAUACCCGGCGUCAGUGUGGGUAGCUUUAAAAAGGAAUUCGAGCGAAAGGCUACGAAUCCCACGCCCGUCACUGGACCAACACCUGGCGAGCGUCGCGCUCAAGAACAGGUCGCUGCGGCCGCGGCCGCCGCACAAGAAGCGGAGGCAGCUCAAGAGGUCUUGGCAACACCACCACCAUCACCGGUGGUGGUUAGUAAUUUGGAAGCGAGCGAUUCGAAGAACUCGGUUUCGUCCAUUUCCCUUGAAGAGGCGCGACGGUCAAUGGAGAACUCCAUUGCGCUGUUGCGGCAGGCAGAAAAUGAGUCCAACAAGGAGCUCGAUCAGCUCUGCUCCCAAGCGGAAACCAUUGGCAUCAACGAGACGACAUCAACCACGGCCACACCGGAAGAGCGCGAACGUAAGUUGAAGAAUGCGCGCGCCAUUAUCGGAAAUGCCAUACAGCCGGUGAUACGAAGGCCAACAACAUUAUUUGGCGUCAGCAACGGCUUCGGUAGUGGCGCUGAUGCCGGCGGGGUUGGGGGUAGUACCACCACGGUGCCGCCGUUACUCUUAAAGAGCGCAAACCAUUUUAUUGCUCCCACCAGAAGCAGCAGCAUAAACAUGGCCACAACAACAAUACAGCCAAAACCAAUAUCGGCACCAUCAAACUCAUUGGCGGCUGCUAAGCAAACGAUACAGCAACGGCUCUUUUCGGGUGGAGUGCCUAGAUCGACGUUGCCAACGAUGAGUAGACCGAGCAUCUGGCAGCCACAAGCUUCUUACAGCACGGCCAGCAUAUUCCAGCCGUUGCCCACGAACAGUCCAUUCAGACAAAUGCAGCAGCAGUUCCAGCAGAAAUGUCACGAAGCAUCACAGCACAGUGCUUUAUUCACACCACCGCCUUCGCCGUUGCACGCGCCCACUCACAACAAUGUCACCGUCGACAGCAACAACAAGUAUAGCAGCGGUAGCAGCAGCAGCAACAACAACAACACGAUGCGUAAUGUCAAUUACAAUGUCAGCUCGCGCUCGAGACCAUUUCAUAAUCAAGCUCAAGAUACACUCAAUACAUUUGCCUUGCCUGCGGCUAUGUGGCUGAAAUCUUCACCUGGCGGAGAUGUGUCGCCAAGCGGGGCAGUUAAGACCUCAACUGCCUCCAUUACGCUCAAGUCGGCAACGUUGCCACGCCGCAAAAUCAAUGCCAAGACGGAAGUGCAGCUUGAUAUUAAACCGUGCAUUGCAGAGCAGCCACAGCCUGCGAUGCGGUUCAGCACUGAGAUACAGCAUCCUGUGGCCGAUUUGCGCAGCGCACCACCACGUGAGGGACCCAUUCCUUACAGCCCCAUCAAGACGUCACUGCAUGCUCGUGCCACCAGUCUGGAGCCGAAAGAGCACAUCAUAACCAUACAAAGGCCGCCAACGCAACCAGCCUAUGGACGCACCAAUUCCAACACCACUACACGCUCGGGUUCGCUGUCACGUCAAUCCACUGCUGAUUCCGAAAUCGAAACAAGCACAAUGUCACAGUCAACUAUUACUGGAGCUGGGGGCCAAGGCACCAGCAGCACUUCACAGCCCAUUAAGAAAAGUCCACGCGAAUUCAUCAUACCGAUUGCCGUUGAGGGAGGCGGCUUUAUCACGCCUCGGGAACGCAGCAUUGAACCAUCCGAGUCGAGCCACACAACCGCCUCCAGCCGCACUACGUUCAGCCGUCUGCGUCCAUCGCAUCGUAUUGGCUCAUUGCUUAGCGACACCGGUUUCGAUGAGAGUUCGCCAUUCCAAAAGAUGCGCACAACUUCUUUCAAUCGUGAUGGCGGUGACGAUGAUUCAUUAUUCACACCGCAUAGACUAAGAAGCUCAAGGCCCGUCAAGAAAAUCAGCCAGGAUAAUGAUUCUCAAAGUUCUGGUGAGGAAGAUGACGAUGAUGGCUUUGAAAUACUCACAGCCGAAAACCUAUUCUCGACUUUGCUACAACGUGUGCGCGCACUGACAAAUCGAAUGAACGUCAAUAGUGACCUCACAGCCGGGUUUCCUAGUCAUUCUAGUCGCUUGUUAACGGACAUCUCUCGACAAGCACAAAGCCACAGGCCAUUCUGGGGUCAAAGCAGUCCUUUUGGCAGUCGUCUGAACAGCAGCAGCAACAGCAACGUUAUCAAUGCACCCUGGCGUCAUAGUAUGUCCCGGGAUCUGGGCAGCGAUAUGGAAUCAAUGUUCUCACGCACGGGCGCCACGUUGCCAAGAGGCCAACACGCUAAGAACAAUGCUAGCAAGGCCCAGUCUGAACAGGGAAAUAUAGACACCAGGAGUUCGAUAGCCACAAAGGCAACCACAACAGAGUUGGUUGCCGGGGAAGGACUGGACCUGGCUGACUUGGACUUGUCUCGCUUGCGUCUCAGUAAAAAAGAUCUCGAGACAUUAUCUAGCAUUACGCCGGGUCUUCCAAAGUGCUUCCAAGAGCAGCUGCUGGCCAAACUUCCGCCAACGCAAGCACGUAAACUAUCCCGAACACUGAGCGUUCAGAGUGGAACUGCCAACAGCACUCCCAACAUUAAAGUGUACAAACGCAGUCAGAGCAGUGGUCGUAGCUAUUUGUCGGAGCAACCGGAAGAGGAACAUAAACACAAUGUCAAAUCACUAAUAGACGCACCUAAAACAACAGCUGCCAGCACGGCUACGUAUCAACGCAGUCUGAGCCGAGCACCUAGUCAGGGGCCACCCACCGAAGCAACAACUACCAAAAUGAUAACUGGCGCGAAGAGUCGCAGUAGCAGCAUAUGCCGCGAUGAUCUUAGCAAAUCGUCACUGUGUGGCAGUAACUACACCAGUGAUAUUAGUGACAAAUAUAAAUAUUACUCUCCAUAUUUAAGCAAGUCGGGCAAUGGAACUUCGAUUACGAAGGAGGUGUCAGAGAAGCGAUACAGCGCUGCUAUGGGACGUCCACCAAGUGGUUACCUGUCGCCACCACCACAAGCCCAGAGUGCUCCUGUGCCUGAGGCCGUGGCUGACAGCAGCAGCUCCUUGCGUAGACGCUCCUCGCAGCGGAGAGUCUCCCGCUUCCUGCGAUCAGACUUUUUCGAUGAACCUCGAGAGCGCGACUCUCAAAGUGCACUUCGAGAAAUACAAGAAGUAUCAAGCGAUCGUCUAGAACAAUCGGAUUUGCGGCAUCGCAAGCACAGCCUUCCAAAUGUAGAGGCAGACAUUGAGACAAGUCAUGCUACGAAGAAACACGCACGCAACAAAAGUCUGGAACAGUUUACAGAUCCUAUGCUUGAAACACAGCAGCAUAUUGAACUCACUGAAAAAAGACGUAAUGAGCUGCGACCCAGAGAGUUUGAAAGCGAGCUGGGCAAGCAUGAGAUUGCCAAUAAAAUAUUGCAGGAACUGCAACUGCUUUCCGUCGCUCGUACACAAAGCGAACAGGAGCAGCUCAUGACAGAGCCGCAACUAACAGACAAAUCUGAGGAAACAUCCACUAUCAAAAAAUUAAAGAAACCCAAAUCCAAUGAUAAGAGCUUAGAGAAAAGUAACGAUGCCGAUACCAUUAAGACAAUUUCCUCAACGACAACAUCUAUAGCGACAACAAACCUUGUUCGCAAAGUCAAGAAAGUAUCUAAGAAAUCAGCAGACGAAGUGAGCUCAUCUCUUACCACAGAUGAAAAGGCUAGCGACCCACAAUCAACGACACCAGCAGUUAAGGAAACUAAAUUGAAGCGUCCCAAAUCAUACCCCAUGAAAGAUCUGUGUCUAACCCUCAAACGCACUCCAGAAUUGUCACAAACAGAGGCAUCAGUAUUGACGCCGCCAACUAAUUUUUCUAGUAAAGUAUCCAAUAGUACAGUUGAAGUCCCCAUUGACUCUUCUUUUAAAGAAAGCCGUCUAAUGCGUCCGAAAAGCUACCCGGCAACCAAACUAACUAUGCCCAAAGAUCUUAGAAAAGUAACACGAAGUGGCGUUGCAAUUCCCAGCACCGUUGAGACUAUCUCAGCCUCGACAACUGCGUCCAGCUCGAAGUCCACAUCCGAGGAAAUAUCAUUUUCUACUAAAACGCCCUUGAAUACACCAUCUGACAACGCCAUUUCACCACCGAUAGAAUCUCGUCCGAUUUCUACCAAAAAAGUGACAAAAGUUUCCAAAAAAUCCAAGCUAGCAACACCCACUCCGGUAAUGACUAACGUAUCUUCUUCAUCUAUAACUGCCUCGACAACAAAGACAACCCCUCCAGUCGAAAGUUCAAAGGAGUCGAGUCCGAUUAUUAGGUCAAAGGAAAAAUCGCCUGAAAAAAAAUCAAGUAGGGGUUUGCUCUACGCCAUCGGUCAGAAGUUUGAGAAGCUCCGCGACUCAGCGAUGAGUAAGGAAAAGAAGAUUAAUACAGAGAAGCCCAGUUCAACUCUGGUGUGUACUCACAAGCAAGAUUCAACCGACGACCGCAGCUCCCCUGAAAAGUCGUCUUCAACUCGGCUUCGAAAAAAGAAGUCCUUGGAGGCGGAUAAGCAACUAGAAACUGCAGCUGAGUUUAAGCGUUUAGACAAGCGAUCCCGCUUUGAUACAAUGCUAAGGUCUCUUCGAGAAAGAUCUAUGCCACGGACACAGGGCGAAUCAAAUACAAGUGUCAAUCCCAAACGUUCCGCAAGUGUUGAGGAGUUGCAUAUAGAUAAUUACAGCACCAACGGCAGCAGCGGAAAACAAAGCGGAACAGUCAACAAAAUGCUCGGUGGACUGCUGAAGCGUUUUGAUCGUGAGAGUAGCGAACAGCGUCGAGUGUGCAACUCACGUUCCACCAACAACAUUGAACGGGAAGCCCGCGAAGAUCAAAAUGAACCACCCAUCUAUCAGAACAUAGGCAAAGCCAUGGCCGAAGUGAACUGCAACUGCGAAACUGUCUGUCCAGACUGCGUACAAAAUCAGAGUGCAACACGCAGUACCAGUAGAGUUAGUCGUAGCGGCCACACAACCAUGGCAACCGGAACUGGAACAGAAUCGGCAACGGGCACAGCAAGUAACAAGGACAAACGGAAGGGCCUCAUGCUGGACUUAAGUAAUGUCACCAGUGGAAAUGAAACUGGAACAACGACAAGCACAGUCCCAAAUACAGGUAGCACGAUGACAAAUGCCUAUCGCGGGUCGAAGACGAACCCGGCACUGCUGAAUGGCAACCCGAAUGGACUGUACUCCAAUUUGCCGCCUUAUCCAGGCGGUAUAAAGAGUGCAUCCUCCAAUAAUAGCUUCAGCCAACAAUCGAUGGAUAAUGUCACCAACAACAAUUCUAUUAACACCAACAACAACUGCAGUUCUCAGACUUCUGGCUAUCGCACUUCGUCGGCAAACGAAAUUAAUCGCAACAAUUUGUUGACACCGUCGUUUGAUAACAUUGCCAACUACUCUUCUGAUUCGCGAAGCUACCAAGAUGACUGUGCAUCGACGUCUACAUUUAUGUCGCCCACCGAGGAACCAGAGUUAUACUUUGACAACUGGUCAAUUUGCUCAGAGGAUAACUACAUGUUACAUGCAACACCAUCACCGACAGUAUCUCGACUGUCCCGUGCCUCACAGCUAUCGUCGCCAACACGUUGCUCUGAGAGUUCCGAUCCCAACGAGAGUGUCAUUGAUCGAAUUAAGCGUCGAAGCUUCUACAGCCGGUUUAACGAACAGAAGCCACGACGCACAAGCAGCAUUGUGGGUCCAUCAGCAGUUCGCGAUUAUUACCGUGAGCAGCAUGCGGCACUAAAAGCACGCUCCAGUCAUAAGUUGCAUGCACCUGAACCAGAGACGCGCGGUCAUUCCCCAGACAUUGCACAGCAGUUUUUUAGGCCCCUAAAGUUAAGUCCCGUUGGUACUGAGCUCAAGCCACCCGUCUAUCGCUCAACAUUGGACUACUCAAACUCCGCGUCUGCUGGAGCAACAAGCAAGCCUCGCAAGAGUCUCAAUGAUAUUCGCAAUACAUCGCCUUCGUUCCUGAGUAAGCGGUAUGAGCCGCAUACCGAAUAUAGCUUUGUGCCGCUGCGCUACAAGAGCUCCUCCAGUUCCAGUCCCAGCACCGGCACUGUUGGCGGCGCCAAUGGCUACUACAAUACAUAUAAUCCAAAACGACGCUCGUCGUAUACUUUAAACGCAACUUUACCUUCGGGAAGCGUUGCCACCGCUAGUAGUCAUUUGGAUGGUUAUGUCACACUCGGACGACGCUCAAUUCGACCAUAUGAUCACCGUACCAUGUCACUGCUGGAACCUCCGACAGCUGGUACCGGUUGCACCAGCGGCGCUGGUAGCUACCACAGGCGUGAAGCUCGCACACCGGUACGUGACUACACAUCUAGCAUCUCACGCUCCGGUUCACGUUAUCGCACCUCGUCGGCCACGCGCAGCCCUACAAAUAUUUGAUGUUCCACACCGCAGAAUGGCUUCUGCAUCUUCUGCUAUUACUCCAAACGCAAGAGGGCAAUUCAUGCCUCACUAAUAAGCACACCGCUAAAUACAACUGCCUCCUCGUCUGCAUCGGCUUCAGCCCCAGCUUCGGCCACAGCAUCGGUCACAUCCUCGCAUGCUAGCAGUGGUGGCCUUCAAAAGUUGAUGCCACAAUCUCAGUCCCAUCAUAAGAAUCAGCAAAAGUUUUAAGUAGUCACAAUAAAAAAUUCAAAAUACAGCGAACUUUGAGUUAAGCUCUCCCCAAUGUAGUCCUAUCUCAUUGAUAAUAUUUAAUAUAGCCAAAACUUAAACUUAGUGCCGGAAGCCAUUGCGACCUGGUCGUAUUUGUAGAAAUAUCAAUACAAAAACCCAAAAAAAAAUGUUUCAUCAAGUGAAACCCUAGUUCAAUGCUACAAUAAUGAUCCCAAUAUAAUUAUUGUGAUCAAUUAUACGAUUUUCAAAUGAUUGUGCCUUGGUUCCUUCGGCGUUUUUAGUUUUAGUCAUAGCCUUAAUGAUGUAAUUUUUAAGCAGGAGAAAGCACAGAAAAGAAGUUAGAAGUUAUAAAGAUAUGGAAAUGUUAGUUUUUUAACACGUGUUUCUAAAGUAUUUUAUAAGUUUUUUUAAGAGCCUCGCGCCGAAAAAUGAGUUACAACUUUUUUCAUAAUUUUACCUAAAUUUUGGGUAAUACAGAACUGAACAAUUCUUUGCAAUAUUUUAUGACUUUAUGACUUUCUUUCGAUUACUAGAACUAUUAAAGUUGUUGAAAAAUUAUAGAUUAUAUGCUUAAUGUAAUCAAAAGAUUCAGAUAUAGCGAAGUCAAUAAGCGAAUUUACAGUAUAGUUAAUAGAAAAAUCGAAUGUUGUGAACGGUAAUAAUUAAAUAUGGAAAAUCAAAUACAACAUAAUUUAA